GGCUCUAGUACAUCACUACCAAUGAAGGCAACCUAUGUGGAACAAGAAGCUUGCAGACUUAGAGAAAACAGUACUGAACUUUUCACCGUCGAUUACAGGACCACGAUCAAUUCCUCCAACGCUCACUCCGAGCGCACGUGCCUAUCGCCGCAAUGCCAGGUUACUGGGUGGCGCUAGCGAGCGCACGUGGACGCCGCCAGCAGGCGGACGCGCGAGCCUCCUCUUGACUACGGCGCCCCGUCUCGUUGUUCACGGAAACGGGAGGCCGUUGUGACUUCCGGUUCGACUCUUCAUUCAGCCGCCCUGCAGCUCCGUCUCUUUUCUCUGGGGCUCUGCCGAAGACCGUCGUUCAGCCCUGCGUCCACUUUCUGGAAACUAAAAAAAAUCCCGUCCCCUGCCUAGAUUUUUUGUUUUUGUUUUCGCGUCUCACCUUCCCCUCCCCAGAAACGUCCCCCCCCCCGGCCAUGGCGGCGAGUGCUAAACGAAAGCAGGAGGAGAAGCACCUGAAGAUGCUCAGGGAAAUGACGAGCCUGCCGCCCAACAGAAAGUGUUUUGACUGCGACCAGCGCGGCCCGACCUACGCCAACAUGACGGUGGGCUCCUUCGUCUGCACCUCCUGCUCGGGCAUUCUACGGGGCCUGAAUCCACCCCACAGAGUUAAGUCUAUCUCCAUGACUACCUUCACACAGCAGGAAAUCGAGUUUCUGCAGAAACAUGGCAAUGAGGUAUGCAAACAGAUAUGGUUGGGACUGUAUGAUGAGAGAUCCUCUGCAAUUCCAGACUUCCGUGAGCCACAGAAAGUGAAAGAGUUCCUUCAGGAAAAGUAUGAAAAGAAAAGAUGGUACGUCCCUCCAGAACAAGCAAAGGUUGUGGCUUCCGUUCAUGCUUCAAUCUCGGGGUCCUCUGCCAGCAGCACCAGCAGUACCCCCGAGGUCAGGCCGCUGAAGUCACUGCUGGGGGAGUCGGCACCUACGCUGCACUUGAACAAAAGCACGCCCAGCCAGUCCCCAGUAGUGAGUCGUGCACAAGCACAGCCUCAGCAGAUGCCCCUGCAGGAGAAGAAACAGUUUGACCUCCUGAGUGACCUGGGAGGAGACAUCUUCGCAGCUCCGCCGUCACAGGCCACAGGCACCGCAAACUUUGCAAACUUUGCACAUUUCAACAGUCACACAGCUCAGAAUAAUGCAAAUGCAGACUUUGCAAACUUUGAUGCAUUUGGAAAUAAUAGUGCAUCGGGUAAUUUUGGAGGUUUCCCCACAGCAAGUCAGCCACCUUUCCAGCCCCCAAACACAGCGUUCAGAACGCUUUCAUCCAGCUGCAGUUUUGGUGAAUUUACCUCAGCUUUCCCUCUUCAGGCUGCACACAGUAGCAGCUCUGGAUUAGCUAAUGCCAAUUUUGCAAAUUUUGACAACUUCCCCAAAUCCUCUAGUGCUGACUUUGGAGCCUUCAGUUCCUCCCAGAGUAACUCAACAGGAGUCCCCAAAGCUGCAGUAAACAAACCUAGCGUCCCCACUGCAGAUAAAUACGCAGCUCUCGCUGACCUGGAUAACAUCUUUAGCUCUGCCAAACCUGAGCAAGGUGCUGCUGCUCAGGUGAGCAGUGUCAGCUCUGCUCCUGCUGCAGUUCCAGCUCCUAACCAGCCCCUGGCAGCUGGGGGCGAUCGAUACGCAGCACUGGCUGAGCUAGAUAGUGUCUUCUGCUCCUCCAUGCCUACAAGCAACGUCUAUAGCUCUACCGUUAGCAGCAGUGUCUUUGGGUCAGUAACGGGCCCUACACAAGCACAGCCCCAGCAAGUGAUAUCCAGUAUCCCGGCAGGAUUUGGAGCUGCUCCAUCAACCAAUCCUUUUGUAGCAGCAGCUGUCGCCCCAGCAGCUCCUCCGACCAACCCCUUCCAGACCAACGGGAGAGCUGCCGUGGCAGCAGCAGCAGGCCUUUUAGGAGCACUGCACAGUCAAGCCUUUCCACAAGUUCACUUUGCUAGUUUUGGCACUGGCUCCAUGAGCAUGCCCGCGGGGUUUGGAGCAACAACUACCUACAAUCUUCCAACCAGUUUCAGUGGGACAUUUCAACAGCCACCGUUCCCUGGCCAGGCAGCGUUUCCGCCGCAGGCCGCCUACCAACAGCAGCCCAACGGUGCAGGGUUUGGAGCCUUCGGCCAAGCAAAGCCAGUGGUGACCUCAUUUGGGCCAUCCAUGGCAGCCCCAGGAGUUUCUAGUAAUCCUUUCAUGGCAGGAGCACCUGCAGGCCAGUUCCCAGCAGGAAGUUCUUCUACCAAUCCCUUCUUAUAGCCCGCACACACAACAGCUAGGAUGUGGUCACUCAGCAUCUUUGCACCUCUUGCACUGUUUUGUUUCACAGUUAGCUUUAAACACAAAAGUUUCUAAAACUUGUAUUUUGUAUGAAAAUAUAAAAACAACAACAACAACAAAACAAAACAAGAUAUGUGCAGAAGUGGGGGCAUUUCUCCUCGACAUCCUUUAUUUAACCUGUGAACUGGCAAAUGAAUCUCAUAGCCGCAUCAUGUAAAUUGAAACUGGCUAAUACUAAGUUAUUGCAAACCACAUUCAUUAUGCUGCAGUACUGUACAUAUUUUUCUUAGAAAUUUAGCUAUUUGUGCAUAUCAGUAUUUGUAUCUUUAACACAUGUAUGUUAAGUCAGAAAUGUUACUGGGAAAAGUAAUGGGCUACUGAACGUUACUGUAUCAAUUAAAUGAAUAACCAAAAUCAGUAAGAUAAGUUUGGAUUAGUAGACAUAUAUUUAAAAAAAGAUAAAGAUUGUAUUCAGUUCCCAAGUAAAAAAAAGUUUUUUCUUCCAUGAAAUACCCUGUGCAUUGUAUGGUGACAUCUCGCAGGUAAAGGGGGAGAACCUGAAGCGCUUGAUUCUGAUCUAGUCUCUCAGGUGGUGACAUGAAGACCACAUAUGUUGGGUGUUACAAAGAUUAAGUUAAUGUGUAUAUAUAUUAAAAUGGAUUUUAACUAAACCGUUCAAUUUUUUUGUAUUUCUGUACAAUUCAUUUUCUUGUGUUGAAGCGUUUUGUGAAUUUUUUUUUUUGUAAAUGCCCAUAAAUUUAAAGAUCUUGCACUCUUGCAAUACUUACGUUUUGGCUGUGCUGCACAGCACUGCUUUCAAUUUCAGAAUUUAAAUCCCAUUUCCCUCCAUAGGAGCAAGUAAUGAUUGCCUGGUGACAUUUCAAAUAUUAAAACAUUUAACUAGUUUUAUUGUAAUAGCACUUUUCAUCUGCCUUGUACUUUUAGUUUUUACUUUUAAGAAAAAUAAAGUUAAAACAAAUCUU